AUGCAAUCUACUCAGAACUCACUAGGAUUCACAAUCCGCCGAGUCACAUCCGGUCUACUGCCACAACAAGUGAGGUCGGAAAUAGGUGAAAGAUUCCGAAGGGAUGCACUGUCAGAUUUUGAAGAUGCUCGCAUCGAAACACCCAUUACCAUAAGAGAGAGCACGCAGUCGUGGAAAGAUUCGAGAAGUGCAGCUGAGUCCUCAUCUCCUAAAACCAAUGGGGAUGAACCACAUGGGGCAGCUGAGAGAUAUCAGAGCUUUUUGCUCAGAGAAAGAGAAACCAUUCGCAACGAACAUCUUAUUGGCAAGAGCACCGAAAGCCUAUCCAAUCAAUAUGGAGCCGGAAAUACCUCCAGCCUGUUACUUACUCAUGAGCAACCCAAUGAGCAGGAAAUAGAAUUCGACUCCUCUGAUAGGGAAGAAGUCCUGUCACUUCCAUCAAAGUCCCAUAAAGAAGACAUGACUUCUGGCGCCAGUACCAAUCUCUUAACUAGCAACGACACUGACAAUUACAAAACUAACCUUACGCGUACACCUCGGAAAAGGUCGCCGCUACGAAAAGAAGUUCGAGUUAAUUCAAGUAGCGUGAAGUCAGCAGCCGAGGAAAUCGCAGGACAGAUUGCUCGUAGUGGGGCAACAAAAUCCAAAUCAACUCAGGAGAUCAUAGACCAAAUCAACUCCAGUGUGGAGCGAUUACGAGAGCGGGAUAUGGCUACUCUUGUUGGUGCAGAUACUGACGAGGAGCUGGAAGAUGAUGGCGAAAUACUCCGCAGCCUCGAUGAAUUUUUGCCGAAGGUGACUUCUAAUAUUCUACCCGAGAAUGAUUCACCUGAUGAAAAUAGUCCAUCUUUAAAAAACAACCAGUCACUUCGACAUCUGCCUACUGAUAGCAAUGUAUCUGUGCAAAGAAAUAUUCCCAUUUUGAACCCAUCUCCGCUCAUCCAGCCAGCUUCAGAAAAGAAGUAUACUCCCCUUCCAAGUUCUCCUACACGCAAUCCAACAUCCUUCAAAGAUACAGCUGUGCUGCUAAGGAAUGAAUACAGUUCCACGAGAUCGACUAAAAGAAGACCUGAGACUACGUCUCGAAAGCUUUCAGGAAAGUUUGCGAGAAAUAUGCUUCGCAAACGCCAUUCAUACAAACAAAACAGGUAUCAAAACUGGUCGAAGAAAAAAUGGGAUAAAUUGAAGGGUUUGUUGGCGCUGCUGAUUCCUAAAGAUGUGAUUAUUAACAGCAGUCUUGUCAUGGAAGAUCUUGGAUGUAACAGAUCAGAAUUGAUAGAAAGAAUAUGCUUUCUUGAACAAGGGAAGCUCCCCUCGUGA